AUGCCCGAAACAAUCGUUCAUGCCAACUCCACGUCGUUGAAUAUCGAUGCCAUUGAGCUGGAAACCGAUACUCUGUUCGAUAACAAGGUGUCGGUUGGUGCAGCAGGUGCACUACUGGGGUACCUAUCCGGGCAGGAUGACGGCCAGCCUGCCAUUGCACAGAUCCGCAUAAUCAGGCUGAAGCAGUAUAUGCCUGUGGGGGAAGAUGUGCUCAGUACGCUUGGGAUUGUCGACCGUGACCAACAUCCCAAUAUGCACGCCCUAGGAAGGGCCAAAGAGGGGCUGUCACUGUUCAAAGAGCGUCUCGACGCAGUUGAGUUCCUGUUGCAGCCCAAGAACACUGCCAAGCACGAGGAAAUGCGCGGUGUCCUCGCCCGCAUGAAGUCUAUCCGCACUGUCUGUGCGCGCAUCCACACGGAACUCCUCGUAGCUGAUCUUGAGGCCCUCGCGCAAUUUGCAUACGCCACCGUCAAACUCCACAACAUCGUGUUGUCGCUUGAAAAUGUGCCGGAUAUACUGGGGAAAUUUUUGGAUGUUGACAGGACAUGCUUCAACGAGAUUGGUAGCCGCAUCAUCAGGAUGGUGGACUUUAAUAACAGCAAGGAGGAGCAGCGUUUUGACAUGCUCGAAACAAUCCUGAGCCAAUGGAGCCAGCAAAUGAGCCAGGCGAUUGGAUUGCCAGUCGCUGCAGUCUACUACCCGCAGCUCGGAUUCCUGACAUCUAUCGAAGUAUCCCUGCUGAAGUUCCAGACCGACGAGCACCAGUAUUUUAAGAACGAGUUUACCGAGGAGUUGGAUCGAACGCCCUGGCGAUGUGCAGAGGUAGGUCUGGAGCUACAGCGGUACAUCUGUGAGCACGUCCAGCAGAUCGGGGAGGCAUACGAAAUGGCCGCUGAAAUUGACUGCUUGCAGGCGUUAGCUACCUUUGCCAGCACACAGUGCAUCCACAUAGUCGGUGGCCGUCACCCAGUGCUUGAAUCGACUGUGGCCGAUAGCAGCUUUAUUGCCAACAGUAUCCACCUAUGCGGCCCAGGCUGCCUACAUGAGGAAGAGCUGGAGGUAUGCAGCGACGACAACCCGCAGACCCUGGUGCUGGUCGGUCCCAAUGCUUCUGGCAAGAGCGUGCUGUUGAAACAGACGGCACUGGCCGUGUACAUGGCACAUAUCGGCAGUUUUGUGCCCGCAGAUUUCGCUAUCGUCAGUCUGACGGACAGGAUCUUUGUCAUGGGCAAAGCCAUGGAGUCGCUCUACCGACACACCAGCGCGCUAAGUGCCGACCUGGAGCUUUUUGGUCGUGGAACAAAUCCAGCUGAUGGGCUAGGUCUGUUCUGUGGUGUAAUGGUCUCGCUGAGCUCCCGUAGCAGAGACCGGCCUAUGCUCAUUGCUGUCACCCACUUCCACGCCGUCAUGUAUAUUGUCGGAGACCCAGUCUAA